AUGGCGGAUGCAAACAAAACAGCUGCCGUGUUCGAGAGUCUUCAACUAAACUAUUUUUCCAAAGGUGACAUGAUUUAUUCAUGUACAUUUAAUCACAUUAACAUGUUGUAUCAGAAGUUAAAAAUUGAAAUAAAUGAAAAUAUAUACUGGAACGAAGAUUUAAUUAAAUUUAAAGAGUUUUGGGAUUGCCCACAGUUCUUCCACAGCACUCAGGCAGGUGACUCCUGACCCUGUCCUCAACUUUUUUUACAUUAUUUAUUCCAUCAAUAUAUCAAUUGACUGCACCUGCCAUUCUCAUCCUCCAUGCUCUCCUGUAAUUUAAUUAUCUCUGACAAAUGCCACAGCCAAUUUUGGACCUUCCAGUUUAGGUGCUUAGCCAAAUUCUUAAUAACAUUCAAUUUCAUUUUAUUAUUCGAAGUUGAUGCGUACACCGCGGCGGUGUACCUAGCGAAACCAUCAGCUUUGGCCUGCGUAAACCGCGGCGGUGUAUCUAGCGAAAUCGUGGGCUUUGGCCUGGGUACACCGCGGCAAAAAUGUACAAUUGGCCUUGUUUUAAGAUAUGCUCGUUAGAGAAGAUCUUGCGUGGUCAAGUGGUAGAGUCAGAGUGGACGCUUGGCGAUAAUAUAUUUUGAGAUCUAUUCCCAGUAGGGGAUCGAGUUUUUUUUCCUCCCAUUUUAGUUUUAAUAUAUUUUGUAGCAAUUUAAACAAUUUAAAUAUAUGUUUAAAUAUUAUAUUAAAUUAAUACACUUAUAUAUAUAUAUUUCAACAUUCUUCAUGUAGUUGAAUAUUUACAUUUUACUUUUACGAACACCCAAAGAAAAUACCAGUAUAUCAUAAUAUCAUAUGACUAUGAAUAUUAAUGUCAUUAUUGUGCAUGAUCGUAUUUCAACCUUGAACCAGCUUGCUUUCACUAUGCCUUAUGCAUUGGCAAAAUGUACACACGAUAUCAAAGGUUCCUUCACAACACUCAGUCUCACAGCAAAUCUUUUGAAAAUACCUCGAUUUUAGAAACUUACGGUGCGGUAGCAAACUGUAUAGCAAAGCCGUAGGCAUAGGUCUGCGUUUACCCUUUUCAUGAAGGAAUUUGUUUCCAGAAUGACAUGGCAUGUGCUAUUCUCAGGGUAAAACACGACGUUUUCUCACAGAAACCAUUGCACAAUGGGCUUGGGACAGGAUUUGCGCUAUGUCAAAGUUUUUUUUAUUUGUUGGUUUUUGUUAAGAAAUCAAUCCUUGCCGGGGGGGGGGGGUGGAAGUGAGUUAUGGGCAGAGGCUUAACCAAAAAGGGGGCAUUCACAAAUCACGGCUNUUUUCCCCCCCCCCCCCCCCCCGGCCGGCAUUUUUUACUAAUGUAUAAUGCCAAUGUAAAACAAAAUCAAUGAUAUUUAAUUAUUGUUAAAAGACUUUUAUAAAUCACUGCAGUGUUUCGUAUACAUCAUCAUACUAUUGUUUUGUGUUGACACACGCUUGGUAUCACAAUGACAAUGCCUUGGACAACUUUAACUUCAUGACUUCAUGAGCAAUGUAUGAUUCUCUUCCCGUAAUGUAUUUGUGGCGUAAUUAUAUCUUGAUGCCAACAAAAUAGAUUCACUGGCUUCCCAUUCAUUUUUACACCACGACCGGAGGGAUCACAUACAAUGUUAUAUUUAUAACACCCCCCCCCCCCCAAAAAAAAAAAAACAACUGGGUGGGGGGGAGAGAAUAAUUUCAAAUUAGCUACACUUUUUAUGCCUAUUAAGAUUCACGAUCAUAUGAUAAAACCUACAACAAUUAAUAAAUAUAUUUGUAUUUCAAUAUAUUGGGGGGGGGAUAAAGUGGUUAAUUUUAAAAAUAAAUCAUUGUUUUACUUUUAACAUUACACCCCCAGCCCCCUCCCUUCCAAAAAAUAAGAAGAAAUGGCUGAAAUGCUUUAAAAGUACUUUGCCCCAAAGCGUGGAACUUACUCAAUAUCUUCUCAAGGUGCUAAACGAAUUUGAAAUAAAUAGUUUUCAGUUUUAACACGAGUAUAACAUUAAAUCUACAAGUACCGGUUAGGCCAAAAAGUUAAAGACUCGCAAAGACCAUAGUUUUGCUACUUAAAAUCGCUGCAGUGUACACAGGCCACAGACCAUGAUUUAGCUAGGUACACCGCUGCGGUGUACGCAGGCCAAAGUCAAUAGUUUCGCUAGGUACACUGCCGCGGUGUACGUAGUGCCAGCCUUUAUUAGGCUCCUAAGAAAUCAAAAUAAAAAAAUGACAAUUAAUUAUCCAUUCAUUAAUAAUUAAGUCCAUUUUAAAACACAAAUAAAACAGUACCAAGUCAACACAGAUAAUUGUCAGCAUCUGCAGUUAAGAAUUAGCAAUGGCAGAACGACUGUCAUCUUUCUUGAAUUGGUUCAGAAAGAUACAUUUGGCUAAUAUCGAGAGAUCAUCCCGUGACGUCAUUUGCCUGUUUAUUAUAGUUGCAGUGAAUUAGGGUUUAGCUUAGGUUGAGGGAUCGAUUUAGGGUUCAGGUUAGCCAUAGGGAUACAUUUAGUUUAGGUUUAGACUUAGUGACAGAAUUAACUAGUUUUUUCAACGAAGAUGGCGGAACCCCGAGGCGAUCUCUUGAAAUUUACCAUAAAUUUUUUUGUAAUUGACAUAUCAGACAUUUGAAUUUGGUCACCUAAAAUGAAACUGGACAGUCAAUUACCUUCCACAGUACUGAUUCUCUCAGUAAUAAUGACGUAAUUGUAAUUUUAACAUGAAAACCUUGACCUUAACUCAAAUACAAUCAAUCAAUCAAUAACAAAUUUACAAACAAACAAAAACACAUUUUAAAUAAAUAUAUACUAUUGUAUACAUCACUUUUUGUGACUGACUGCAUCAUUUCUUUGUACUCAUCCCAUUUUUGGACUAAUUUAAACAAAAAAGAUUGAAUUUUGAAAUAAAUUAUCUCAAAUAAAAUUAGAAUAUAAAUUUACUAUUUAGUCACUACUAACUAAGAGUAAAGGAUUUAUAUAACUACAAGGUAAAGAAAUUAAUUUUUCAUUAAAAGCAUUCCGAUAAGUGUAGAAAGUUGCAAAACUUUAUUCACAUGCAUGCAAAAGUGCAACCCCUUGCAUUUUUAAUUUAUUAAACCCAAUCCCCACUUUGGCUUGGGUAACUUUGAAGAGUGUUCUAAAUUUCUGCUCCCCCACCCCAUCUUUGUCUAUCAAAGUGGAAAUGACGGGUAACUUUUUAUUUACAACUAAAGCAUUUUAUGUAAGCGACAAUCAUUUAUUUAAGUGACUUUUUUUUCUUCUUUUUUUGUUUUUUGGACAUGCAAUGUGAAUAUUUAUUAUUUGUCAUGGGUAUGAGGUGUUAUUUAAAAAAAAAAAAAAAUCAAAAUCCAGGUGACAGCAAUAAAUCAGUGACCCAAUAAUUUAUUUUCAAAUUCUUUAUUAAAAUUCAAUUUUAACACUUAUAAUCUAAUGUCUAAUGAUAAAUUAUUUUGUAUAGGGUGGCCCUAUUAGGAAAUAGUUAAGAACCACUGAUCUACCGCUUAUCUUUAAUUGGUAUCUCAAAGCCAUGUCCAAAUUCAUGGGGUGUAAGUCUUUUUAAUUUUUAUCUCUUUUCAUUUUAUACUUACAGAGUGGGUAAAGUCUUGCUGGGAUGAGGAUUUUGUUGAUUUAAGCACAUUGCCAGACACAGACAGAGACUUUCUAGAAGAAAAUGGCUACUUGACAGAACAGCUGACCAGUGCACAAGAAAUUCUUUCUCUGUGGCUGCAAGCCAACAAUGAAAAUGAAAAUGGAGAAGGUAUGAAACUUUUUAGUGGUUAAUAUCCUGAAAAUAUUUGAAUUCAAUAAUAUUGACAGACCCUUUGCUCUCCCUUUACAUACACAUUAAAUUAGACCGGCAUGUUUUCCUUUUAAAGAAAAAGAAUUUCUAGUUUCUUUUAAGCAGAGCCGUCACUUGGGCUAUGUGACCCCUGUGGCUGUAAGGGGCCUCUGGUGUUUUAAGGGCCUAAAGUUGUGAAGUGAAAAAAAAAUUAAACUAUCAACUUUGAAUGCAGGGGGGCACAAAACCAAAAUUGGCAGGGGACCUGCAAUACUCAUGCAACGGCUCUGCUUUUAAUGUCAGUUAUUUGUCACAAUUCAUUGAUUAUCGAUUAAAUGAAAAUCAUAUAAAUAAUCAUACUCCUGAAUUUGCAAAUAUAUGGACUCCAUUUUUAAUAAUGCAUAUGAAGCAAAAGUUGAUGCCAUUCCAGUCAGCCAGGAUAUGGCCCAAUGAUUGGUUCUGCCACCUGGUCAAAAUGCCUGUCAACCAACCUUAGAAUAACAGACACUUUAGUUUCAGGGCCGGCAGGAGACCUUGCCGUCUGUCGAUUGACUAUGUUUAGGACAGUAUAAAAAUCCACAACUUGAACGGCCAGCAAGCCUCACACCUUGCGGCAGUCCACCAACUAUACCUCCCCUGCUACUCCUUUCAUAGUAAAAGCAGGCAGAAGAAGGAAAGGAAACUAUAUUUUGUUUUCUAUACAUGAAGCUUCACCCUCCUUACUUUUUUGUUUUAUCUGUAGCCUCCCUUUUAAUCCCUAUGACAUUGAGCCAUUCAACAUCCUAUCCAUUCAUUAUUAGGUCUAUGUCACUUUCUGCUUAAAAUUACAAAUUAUGUUGAACAUUGUUGAAAAUGCAUCCAAAUUAUGACUUACACUUAGUUUACAAAUAUAAUCUUUGCAUGCUGAGUCUUUUCACCAGAUUCUAUAUUAUAUUUAAAAUAAUUGAGAUUAUUAUAUUGUAAAACAACAGUGCAUGAUUAAUUUAUCUUGUGGAAAUAUUACAAGAAGCUAAUACAGUUAUGCUUAAAUGAUUUCCUGUAACAUGAACCCAAAAAUAAGAAAAAUAUUAUACUGGGCAACAAAUUUUUACUGAAGUCAUGUCACUGAAGACUGAAAUAAAAUUAAAAUGAGUCAUUUCUUAUACAUUUUUAUUUGCUCAACACGAAUAUGACAGUCAAAUUGCAAAAUUGGCUCUAGUUUUUUUUUUUUUUGUUUUUUUUGUAAUCUGCAAUAAAUUAAUGUUUACAUCACGAAAUACAUGCUAAUAGUAAUAGGCCUACGAUUAAUACCUUUAAAAUUCAAGUCAUAGACUACUUCUUAGAUUUCUUUGCCUCUCUUAAACAACUGUAUGGGAGGAUCUCUGUGGGGUGUCCAGCAUUAGUCAGCCAGCAUUGUAGGGGACCAUUUUCCCUGGUAUUGGUGCAAUAUCUUGAUGAAAACAUUCACCAUGUUCAUCACUAACAAUAUCACAGUUUUCAGGGGAGAAAUCCAGAUGGGAAUGAAGAAAGGGGAUCUUUAGAGACAUUGCAGCCAAGUUGCUGUCCCAUUAAAAGGGCAACUACCUUCAAAUCACCACAAAGGGGCCAGCUGUACUUGUUAUACUCAUUGGAAUUCAGAAGCUACUUUAAGUUAUCUAUAUCUCUUUCCUGUGGACAGCAUGCGCUACUGGAAUAGAUGGAAGAUGAUUUCCGUUGUGUAAAAGCACGGACUUGACUCAGUUUUGAAUAGUCUACAAAUAGUCUCCAUUCUUGUGGGUUAUUUUUAAGGCAUUCAUGAAGCCCUCAAUAUCAGAACAGAAUAUCAGAAUACUUCCCUUUCUGAAGACAGUCUCCAACUGCUGGUGGCGCUUUCGAUAUAAAGUAAUUGUGACAUCUUCUUCUUGAAGAUUCCAUUGGAGUCUUGAUCCUAGCAAUUAUGUCUUAUUCUUGGAUAAGUCCAAAUCACUAACCAGGUCAUUUAGUUCUUCCUGUUUAGUCUGUGUGGUGUUGAUGAUGUACUACUGUGUUAGUCUGUGUGGUGUUGAUGAUGUACCACUGUGUUAGUCUGUGUGGGGUUGAUGAUGUACCACUGUGUUAGUCUGUGUGGUGUUGAUGAUGUACCACUGUGUAAGUCUGUGUGGUGUUGAUGUACCACUGUGUAAGUCUGUGUGGUGUUGAUGAUGUACCACUGUGAUUGUCUGUGUGGUGUUGAUGAUGUACUACUGUGUUAGUGUGUGUGCGGUUGAUGAUGUACCACUGUGUUAGUCUGUGUGUGGUUGAUGUUUUCUACUGAUUGUCUGUGUGGUGUUGAUGAUGUACUACUGUGUUAGUGUGUGUGCGGUUGAUGAUGUACCUCUGUUUUAGUCUGUGUGGGGUUGAUGAUGUACUACUGUGUUUGUCUGUGUGGUGUUGAUGAUGUACCACUGUGUUAGUCUGUGUGGGGGUGAUGAUGUACUACUGUGAUUGUCUGUGUGGGGUUGAUGAUGUAUUACAGUGUUUGUCUGUGUGGGGUUGAUGAUGUACCACUGUGUUUGUCUGUGUGGGGUUGAUGUUGUACUACUGUGAUUGUCUGUGUGGUGUUGAUGAUGUACUACUGUGUUAGUGUGUGUGCGGUUGAUGAUGUACCACUGUGUUAGUCUGUGUGGGGUUGAUGCUGUACUACAGUGUUUGUUUGUCUGGGUUUGAUGAUGUACUACUGUGUUAGUCUGUGUGGGGUUGAUGUUGUACCACUGUGUUAGUCUGUGUGGUUUUGAUGAUGUACUACUGUGUUAGUGUGUGUGGGGUUGAUGAUGUACCACUAUGUUAGUCUGUGUGAGGUUGAUGUUGUACCACUGUGUUAGUCUGUGUGGGGUUGAUGAUGUACCACUAUGUUAGUCUGUGUGAGGUUGAUGUUGUACCACUGUGUUAGUCUGUGUGGGGUUGAGGAUGUACUACUGUGUUAGUCUGUGUGGGGUUGAUGAUGUACCACUGUGUUAGUAUGUGUGGGGUUGAUGUACCACUGUGUUAGUCUGUGUGGGGUUGAUGAUGUACCCCAGGGAAAAUCUGGAUCACGUUAUGCUUAAGAAAUAGGAGAACAGGUCGACUGUGGGACUGCAAACAGCAUUGAUUUAGGAUGUUGUUGCAGUCCUAAUAUAUACAUUUAAACUGUGAAACACAUAAAAUAAAUUAUAUGAAAUAUCUUUAAAAUGAAGUCACUGAAACAAUUGUAUGAUUAUAUUCGUGUUCAGCCCAUCAAAAUACUACAGCUCUGGGCCUUUUAAGUCAGUAACAAUUUCAAUGUUGACCAGUGUUAUUGUUAAUGCUAUUGUUAUUUUUUUUAUUAAUGUCGUUUCAAUUUUUUUAAAAAUAACCUUACAUUUCAUCUAAUGUAGGAUUGUAUGAAUAUCUAAAUAAUGUCAAGUGAGAAAGAUAUUACUAUUUAACUCUACUUUUCAGGCCUAUGGAUUAUCUUGGUUGAAAGUGAAAUAUCCCACAAAACUCUGGUAGCUAUUUUGGCAUUCCUCUGUCAUAAUUCCAAUAAGGUCAGCAUUUUAUUUCUUGUUAACAUAAAAUGGUAAUAUAUCUGGAAAAUCAUGUCUUUAUCGUUACUUCACAUAAGUUGCAUCUAAACAAUAAUUUAUCUUUAAAAUGUAUAUAAAUAAUUUUUUUCAAAAUAUUAUUUUUAAAAAUAUAUAUAUUUUUUUUUUUUUUAAUUAUUGGUGAAUUAUAAUUUUAAAUAAUUUUUUCUUGUUUCAGAUUAUGUCUUUAUCGUUACUUCACAUAAGUUGCAUCUAAACAAUAAUUUAUCUUUAAAAUGUAUAUAAAUAAUUUUUUUCAAAAUAUUAUUUUUAAAAAUAUAUAUAUUUUUUUUUUUUUAAUUAUUGGUGAAUUAUAAUUUUAAAUAAUUUUUUCUUGUUUCAGAUUUCAUGUAGCUUUUCAGAGAGAGCUGCUGGUGUUAUUGCUGCAUCUGUUUAUCUGAAGCUUAUUGCCUUGCCAGGUUUGAUAGUAAUUUAAGUAUAAAAUAUAUUACUUGACGCCAUUUCAUAUUUUAACAACUUUUCAUUAUUUCAGUUAGGUACAAAUAAUCUCAAGAGUUUUCUAAUAUUUAUUUAAGCUCUUGGGACGGCUGGGCUGAUAUAUAGGCCCAGGGUGGAAUGGCGAAUAGAUGAAUGGCUGAUCAAUCGGCCUGAUAAUUCAAGCCUCGAUAUUGUCUUUCUGGUCUUCGUACCAGCUGAUCAGAUUGCUUCUCGCAUUUCUUGUUCAUCUCGCCAUUUUGAAGGGACUUCCCUUGAUAUUUUACUGUUUUGUGUCAUUUUAUGUCAAAUUAUUUUCUACCUAGUGACCCCUAGAAAUGCUUUAAAAAAUUUGACCUUGAAAAUGUCAAAAGGCAAAAGCAGCCCAAAGGGAAUACUUUGUGUAGUUUUUCAAACUACAUCACAUUCAAAUAUGAAUUAGGACUUUUUUGUAUAUAAAAUUAUGCAAAUCAGGCUAUCUCAUUUGCAUAAAUGUUGAGAUUUCAGCUUGAUUCAUAAAGAUCACAUCAGCUCAUCCAGUUCCCUACAAGAAUAUAAUAUUUAGUUUUAUAUUUGUGAAUUAAUUAGUUUUUUUAUAUAUAUUUUUAUGCAAUAUGAGUAUUAUGAUUGACAAACUUUUAAAAUGGCUCUGUCUUCUUGGCACCUAGACUUCUAAAGGGUUAAAUUUGCUAUCUUAAAGACAGGGCAUAAAAAAUAAUAAAAUUGAUAUUUUGUUUUUGCAAAAAAAAAAUAAAUAAAUAAACAUUUAAAAUGUGCCUCAUUUUAUUUGCAGGCAGUGCUGCAUUUCAGAUUUACAACCCUGAACUAUUUCUCCAGGCUUGUCGACUUCUCAAUAAAUGGAAAAAGAGUGGUAUGAUAUUUUAAUAAAGCAGUUAAAAAAUAGGCUGAAGUCUUGAGUAAUAGGCUGAGGUCUUAUUGAGUUUUGAAAAAUUGCCAAUCUCCUGUCUGUUUGUGAACAGACAUAAGCAGAAAGUACUGUUGAUUUAUAGUAACAUUGAAACUAAAACAACUCUCAGAAAAAUUGGCUCAGGUUGUGUACUUGAAUAAGAGAUGAAGGACUCAAACCAUGUAAGAAAUCUUCAGAAAAUUUGACAGAAUAGAUAGAAAUCCAAGUGGCGAUGGUGGCAUGAGUAUCAAAAUCUAAACCCAUGUUAAUUUAAAUAAUUUUGAGCCUUUUUUUAUGUUUCUCAUUUUUUAAUAUUUUUUAAAACUUGAAAUCAAGUCUAUUUAAUUUACAGGUGGCCAAAGUAAAGGUAAGAGGAAAAGGAAUGAGACCAACAUAAAAGCAAGUCAGAAGUCUAAAAAAUCAAAAGGAGGCAAGCAGAAAAGAGUCUCAGAUGAAGCCCUGUCUCAAGCAGUAUUUUUUUUUUAUUUUUUUUUUUUCUUUUUUUUUUUUUUUUUUUUUUUUUUUUUUUUUUUUUUUUUUUUGAACUUAAAAGCUGUGUGUAUGUGUUAAGUCAUAAAAUGUGUCAUAUUUUGAUGUCCUUGUGAUGUUUCCAUUCACCCAUUAGUUGUUAUAUUCAAGUCAUAUUAUGACACAUCAUUUGCUUAUAAAGAUAAGAUGUGUGGAGCUUGUCUUAUAGGUAGCUGUGUGAGAGCGUCUCCUGUGACAAAUGAGAUAUUGCACUAUUGGGUUGAAGGGGUUAAUGGAUCUGUGAGCAUUUUUUGUUUUUGUCAGGUUCUGUUAUGUUGGUGUCAACAAGAAAAAUUAUCACUUUUCUAUCAAAAGGAAUUUAAAAUCCAUACAUUUAAGUAUCAUGCCUUCCCCAGAUAUUAUAUUAACUCUUAAAAUGAAAUCCUUUUUUUUUUUAUAUUCUUCUGAUAGAAAAUCAAACUAAAAUUUAGAAAUUUACUAUGUUUAGAAUACUGAUGAUGAACAUCAAGGGAGCGAAGGAGAGGAUGCAGUACUGGAACUGGAUCCCGAUGAACUUGAAAAGCUGGAUCACUUAAUGAAUUUACUACUUCAGGUAGCAAGUGAAGAAAAAAUGUAUCCAAUUAUUGAAAAUGUAAAGGAUGGUGUUUAGUUUUUGGUAUGCUUAAGUUAUGGUUUCUUCGGGAAUACCAGAGUCAAAGUAAAGGAAUUGUUUGCCUAUGGAUUCAGUGGGGUUAGACAGUGUUGAAAUGUUUGUAUUAUUAUAUUUGUUGAUAUAUCUACACCUACAGGAUUUUUACAAUGUAUCUAAAUACACACAAAAACAGACCUGUUUACCCUCAAACUCUUAAAAUCUUACAAUAUCAUCACAAAAUCUAUCAAUACAUUAUCUUAAUAAAAAAAUAAACUUACAGUAUAUGUAAUGUACACAGUUCAAUUGUACAUUGUACUCCAAAAUCGUAAGAGUAAAUGGGUCUGCACAAAAAAUAAGACACAAGCCAUAAGCAGGAAAAUGAGGAAAAACAAUUUUUUACCUUAUAUUAAUUGGGGUCAAAUGGUUUUUUUUUAAAAUGGCAAGAUAUGUUAUAUUAAUAAAUUUAAUAAUUUUGAGCCAAAGGUUCAGAACAGUGCCAACACUGAGAAGAAACAACAGAACUUACCUUUUUAUUGUAGGAUGUUCUUUUAAUUUGUGAGAAGUACUCCUUGCGCCAAUCAGAGUCUACUGCCAUACAGCUGAUAGGAGUGUUAUUGAACCUUGCAAAAGUUGACCCGGAAUCUAUGUCGGAAGCGAUGGGACAGUGGUAAGCCGUGCUCUUGUUUUGUUGGGCUUGAGUGGAUGGAUUUUAGAUCUAGAAAGCAUUUGUGAAAAUUGAUCUUUGUGUUAGGAACAGUUUCUAUAUUAUUUUUUUUGUAAACUUUUUUUUUCACAAUGAAGAACAGUUGUUGGGGGAGGCAGGGUUGUGAGAUUUUAUCUUGGAGUGAUCUGACGCACAUGGAAUGCAUAGAAGCAAGAAUUGAAAUUAAAACGUGGAUGUCAUAAUUUAAAAGCUCUGACAUAUUCUUGAUACACCUGAGGACAUGUUUACUUUUACCAAGCCAUAUCAGAGGUUUCUUCAGGCAAAAAAAAAAAAUAAAUUAUCACUUGCAUUUUGAAAUUUGCUUUUGAACGAAUCCUUUAACAUUGCUGUUGUUAUUCAUGUUUAAUAUAUGUGUGUGUGCAUGCUGGGUGGCUGAGCAGUCUAAACUGGGUCAAUCCCCAGCAAAAACACCACCAGCACCCGGGUGGAUGGUACUUGGCAACUCAUCUUAUAGAAGUAUAACUCUGAAUUAAAACUCUGAGAUUGAGUCCAGUAUUUAGUUUGACAUGGACACAAUGAAAAUUCCGGCAACUCCUGCGAGGCCAAUAGUGCUAAGUCGUAUCUUCCUCACAUUGUGUUCCCUUGGGUUAUUCAGAUUCAUGGAGAGGUGAAUUGCUGUCUAGGUGUAUGUUUGUGUGUGUGUACAUGUUCAUAUACUUUUGAUGUGUAUUUUUUGUAUUCAUCUAACUUCAGUUAAUACAAUAGCCAGAGUUUGUUUUGCCGUGACCAUUGUUUUGGCAUGCUGUCAUUUCUAAAUAUCUUAACAUUUCAGGAAGAGGAAAUGCAGUUCUGGAAUUCUUGUAUUUAAAGCUAUUUAUUUAUUGUGUCAGCCAUUUCACGGUCAUGUUACAGUCAUUGUUAAUGAAGUGAGUUGUAUUGUUUUUAAAUGUCUCAAAUUACUUAUUAUGACGGGUUGUAUUUUGAUUGAUAGAUCAUGGAAAUAUUAUUGAAAAUGCAACCAUUUAAUAUAGUUGUUUUUUUAAAAUUGAAGCCAUACUUUUAAAUUAUUUAGUUUAUAAAGUGUACCUUUAAGUUUUGACACUUGGAUAACAAUUCCAAAGAAAUUGAAACAAAUUCAUGUAUGUAUUUUUCUUAUGUGCUAUUUUCCAGCUUUUCAGGGAGUUUUUGGAGCAAAUAUUAAUUUUAGAGGAUGGAAAAGUUUUUGCAUCUCUCAAUCGUCCACUUUUGCUGAUUCGACGACAUGCUCUGGACUUUGUAAUGUGAGUUGUUUUGUUUUUUUACCUUUAGAUCUAUGUCAUCUCUUAAAUCUAAACAACAUAAUAUAUUCUUGACUGUUUGGGUAGCCCCAUCAGUAACAAUAAUUAUUUUUAAAUCUCUUACAGGUACCUAACCAAAGAAAUGGGUGAACGAUGUGUGCAGAGUCUGAAAAUACUGUUGCAGCAUAUUUGUUGCAAAGUUCCUGAUCGAACAGAGUACAGAUCACACGCUGCGGAGGUGAUAUAAAUGUUAAUCUUUAGUAACUAUAAAUUAUAAUUCCACUUUCAACUUUUUUACUAUUUCAUUCAAACUUUUCUGGACAUUUCCUCAGGCUGUUAUUGAACUUUUGGACUGUUUGCCUGACCUAGAUUUUGCUCAGAUGCUGGAAUGGCUGAAGCGACUUUCCAAACACAAGAAGGUAAACAUACAUUUCAUUAUUGGCAUCUCACCAUAAAUUCUAUUUUAAAAUUAAAAUUUCGCCACUUAACUAACGUCCCAUUUUGAGCUCCCAUCUCAUAUGUUGCGUUGGCAUCCCAAAUGAAUGGAACAAUUUGAGUCUCGAUUUCUGUCCCGCUAUUACUAUUUCAAAAAUGUCAUUUAUUGAAAAUAUUGUUUAUAUCUUCUUUUUCUAAUAGAUAGUGAAUUGAAAAAUCACUUGGACUUUGCUCUUUCUCUAUUAAAUUGCUGUGCUUGUCGUAAAAUUAAUUAAAGCAAUUUUGUAUGAAUUAUCUCCUGUUUAAAACCUUGAGGCUGACAAACCAACAUAUCUGAUAGAAAAAUUGUCAAAUUGAGGCAGUCACUGUUGAAAAAAAUGGAUUAUGUCAGAAAACAAACAUGUAUAUAAGUUAAUCCUGGGGGAAAUAAAUGUUCUUUAUUAUGCAAUAAUCAGAUUAACAAUUAAUAAGUGCAUCCACUACUUCCAAGACAAAGUACAGGCUUGCUCAGGGAAGUAAAAUCUGCACUCGGGCGUGUUCUUGACAAAUGCAUAUAAAUACAACAGUUAUGACAGUCUUGUCGUAGCACACUCCUGAGUUCAAUUAAAAACAAACUGUUAGCAAAGUUGAUGAGUCUUUCCAAUAAUGUCAUAAUCCUUUCCUUUGUUUGCAUACAAAAUUGUACGCUGAAAUUUGUGAUCAUUUUAUGCAUAAAUGAGUCAAUGUCCAAAAAAAAACCUACAAAUCAAUUUAUUAUCCUUACGCAUUUUGGUUAUUUACUUUUACUAUAUAUAUAUAAUACAACAGGUAAAACGAAGUCGCUUAUAUUAGGGUCAUUUUUAUCGAAAAGUGUUGAAGUCAGGUAAAAUUGUUAAUGAUACUUUUAAAAACUUGAUUGAGAUAAGAGAGCAUAAUUUGUGACUAAAUCAAUGUGCAUUUAAAAGUAGGGCCCUUCUAUUCUGUUUUAUAUUAACUACUCUAAGUUGUCACUGUCAGAUCGCGUGAGAUUUUCUGUAUCUGCUUUGAUGAUGACAAUUGAGCAGUUGUGGGUUUUGUUUCCCCAUGUACCCCACGAGUUUUGCUCAGUCAUGUAUGACUGUUGUGGUGUCGGGAGGAACCACGUGAUAAGAGGAGUGUGUGAACAGGAAGCUAGGAGUUAGAGAGCGAGACAGUGGCGCAUGCUGUGGCUUGGAUGUAAGGAAGUUAGUUUUGUGUAUAGAGUGAUUAUUUUCUAUGUACAGCAGAGGACUUGUGUAACUAUAUUUUUUAUAGCAUGUGCAGUAUUUUCUGGACCCAAUUUUUUAUUCUGAACACCAGAAGAUUAUUUCUUAUGAAGUUUUUCCACUGUUAUGCAUAUGUAGCAAAUAAAUAAGAAAAACCUGAAUCUCUGCAUCAUUUGUUUGAUACUUGGAACAUGAGUCACAUCAGCUCUGUAGGGGCUAGAAGGUCAUUCAGCACAUCAGCUCGGUAGGGGCUAGAAAACAGGGAUUCUAGGCCCUUACAAAUUGGUCUGUUGCUAGUACGCAGGGGACCAACCCGUAGACAACGUACGUCACGUCACAUAAGUAAGUAUUGUCAGUUUUAAGUUCUCAUUCAUUCACAUGGUUAUUGGUGUUGUAUGUCUAUUGUGAACAGGUCACUCAGAGAGGCUUUGCUGUUGAUGUUAUCUUAAGGCUCUUGGAGCAGCCCGAACGGAUCUUAUCAGGUGAGUUUAAUCACAGUGCCCUCUGUGAACUUGAUACCCUUUGGCACAGCAACAUUUCCAUUAAAAAUAGUUCGUAAAUAUUUAAAUUUUAAUUCCUUUUUAAAAGAUAGAGAAUUCUAUUACAUCUCUCACCCCCCCCCCCCCCCCCAAUUGUUUUGAAAGGUGUUGCUUGUUAAUGUUAUUUUUCUGAGCAGCAGAUGUACCCCCUGACCUGUCACAGUUCACUAAUCACAAAAGUAUGAUCUGCACCAUAUUGAGCAGAUGCUCUGAUGUAAAUGCAAGGUACUUGUUAAGAUAAUGAAUGCUCAAAAUAAAUUUUACUACACUCUUCAUUGCAAUAGAGAUUUUUUUUUUUCUUUAAGCAAAGAAGAGGAACUGCAUUCAAAGCUAGGUGUGGCUGUCAGUCUUGAUAAAAUACAAAGUCAUUUUUAAGCAUUUAAAAAAUAAUAAUUUUUUGGUAAAACAAGUUGAGAAUGUAAAAUAUUAAUUCUAGCUAUAGCCCGCCAGACAAUGGCAGCCGCGAUGUGUGAACUUUCCAUGUUACUUGGCAAAACAUACAUUCAAGUGAAGCACUUUAAAAGAAUCCCAAUUACGGCUCUCUCUUUCUCUCUUAAUCUCUUUCUACUACUCCUCCUCCCACAGGUUUGCAACCUUCACGCCCCUAAACUAUAUAUUAAUAUUCUAAUGCCAAUCCCUUUUUUUACCGCAAAUUUAUAUCACGUUUAAAUUUAAACAAUUUCCAUAAAACAAACAAAUAUUACGCACCAAACCCACUUGCAGUAUUUUUAAGAAUCUCAUUUAGCACUUAUGAAUAUUAUUUAGUGAAGUCGGCGCCAUAUGGUAGCGUCAGUGACAUUGUUAUAUAGAAAAUUAUGUAAUUUAAUUAUAUACCAGCAAUCUUUGAUUUUAAUAAAAAUGUUUUUAAACAUUAAUAAACUCGUUAUUUGUUUAUUUUUUAGUGUAAGCUCAAGGGCCCUUCUAGGUUUUUCAUCGUGCACCAACUCUAAGCAUAAUGACAUUGUGAGGACCAUCAAGGAAGUAAUAACUCCUGUAGCAGAACAAGCCAGACCCACAGCUAAACAAUUUAUGCCCACUCCAGUCAUGUCUUUAGCUAGACUAACAGGUUUGUUGAUGUGGAACAGAUUUUCAUUUAUAUACUUAAGACAAUGGGAUCUGAUUUUGAUUAUAUGUUUCUCCACGCAUAUAGAUUACAUAAAAGACAAGAUAAUAAAAUUGAAAUGAUACUGCUCCAUGUAAUAUAAUAAAUGGGCUCAAUUUUGACAAGAAUGAAUAAUUUCCGUGACAAGAGUUAUCAAAAUUAUAUUAUGUUAUUUAACCCAUGACAACCAUGGACUUACGUUUUAUGCUAGUGAAUAUUGUUAAUUUAAAGCUUACAGAUUUUUUUACUAUAUAUCUGACCUUUAAAAAAAAAAUAUCACAACUGCACAGCUACUCUAUUUGAAAAUAUGCAUAUAAUUUGUGAUUCAAUAUUGUACUGUAACACAGACUUGUCUAAGAGACUUUUCUUCAAUCAAAAAGUUUUUUUUGUUUUGAGAUGAUAAACUGUGAAUUAUCAAUAUGCUAUAGAAAAUACUUUAUCCUGCUGUAGAUGACAAGUAGGUUAAUUUGGUAAUGUUUAAAAAUUUUAUUUUAUGUUGAAUGGAUUCAGGAAGUUGAAUUCAUUGAAUAUUAUGGGAUAUUUCAUUAGAUGCAGAUUGCACUGAUAAAGUUCCUACUGAAGAAAGUGUAGAAAAUCAUGAUAAAGAGAAUGACACAAUUGAACAGACAAUGAGAAACAGUCAUACACCAUCUGAUAAAAAGAACAGCAAAACUCCACUAGGCAGAGUCAGUGCUGGGUACUUUGGUGCCAUUGAAUUAACACCUGGAUUCAAUCCAUGUAUGUUUUUUUUUUACUUUUUGCUUAGUGUAAGUUAGUAAAACUUUCACAUUUAUGUUUGUGUAAGGGUUAUUUGAUUGUGGGAUGGGAAGUUACUGUUAGAAGUCAACCAAAGAUACCACGUGUUCGCCUUGAGACUUACGAUGGGGCACACUUUGGCAUUUGCUGGCCCAACAAUUUGGAAACCCUUCCUAUCGCUCUCAGGAACAGCCAGACAGUGCAGUCUUUCAAAACUGAUUUGAAGACUUAUCUAUUUCGCAAACACCUGCUGGGGUGAUGUUGUCUAUCUAGCUAUUAUUUUGUAGAUGUAUAUUGGCCUGUGUUGUUUAUGGUUGCAAGGUAUGAAAGACUUAGAAUGGGUAUCCUCAUAUGUAGUUUUUGUAAGUUGCAUUUUCUACUUCAAUGUGGUAGGUACCGCGCUUCGAGCUUUUGGGGAUGAAGGGUGAUUUUCAAAUAAUCUUUAUUGUUAUUAUGAUUAGUUAGACAGAGAGAUAAUGUCUAUUAGAUUCGCCAUUUGCACUAUAAAAAUAUUAAGAACAGGUUAGAUAUGUAUGACCCAAACCAACACUCACAUGCUAUUUAAAUUUUAAAGUACAAUUCCUACUAUAACAGUCCAGGUAGACUUUUACUAAUUAAUUGUAAUGCUUUUGCAACUAUCUAGAUCUCCCUGAUACAAAAGGUGUUGUUUCGAUGUUCCAUCGUCGGAUAUUAGAAUCCAAGGUUGUUGUUCGAAAGUGUGCCAUACAAGCAUUGCAGAAAGUCAUUCAACUUGAAGCACCAGAAUAUAGAGAUGAGGUACAGAACUAUUUAUGUCACUCUUAUGAUAAACCAAUCAUCUCCUAAAUUGUUUGAGCAUUCAACAAAUAGAGAUUUAAAAUUAGUUAAUGCAUUAAAACUAUUACUAUUACACAAUUAACUAGUUUGUAAUUAAUUGUUUUAAUGAAAUUUUGGCUGAAUUUUACAUUUGUCAAGGAUUUAGAUGCCUUGCGAGACAGAUGCGCUGACCCAGCACUCUCUGUGCGGAAACAGGCUGUCCAAGCAUUGUCAGAAUUGUUAAAAGCUUUCCCUGAAGAUAAACGGAUACAGAAGUAAGUAAUGGUAGCAAUAAAAUUGAACUCACUAACAUGAAAGGCAAUCAAGUUUAGAUUCGCAAAUGUCAUCUUUCACAAUAUUAGCUCAACAGUUGGUGAUUAUUUACUUUUAACCUGUCAUUUUGACAUAUGUUAAGAACUGUGCGUUUCUUGGGUGGGAAUAUUCUGGCUAACUUCCUGCUGCUGAUAUGAACUUUUCUGUGAUUCUUCUUUACAUGUGGUAAUUUCUCCUACACUUAAUUAGCUGGAUUUUUAUAUUUGCAGAAGUAAUAUAACUUCAUUUCAAUAAUUUAAAAAAAGUAAAACUAAUGGUUUUCUCAAUUUCUGGAUCUGAGGUCAAGGUUAAGAAAAUCAAUUCCUGGAUAACAAAUAAUUUAUUAAUAUAAUUUUCAAUUUCCUUUGUAUCUAAAAAAUCUGCUGUUUUUUUUUUUUUUAAAUUAAUGAAUUAACUUAACAUUGAAGAACUUAAUUGUGUCCAAAUAUAUGGUCUAAAUAUUUAAAAGUUAAACAAAGAUUGUGUAAAUUAGAAGUUAAUAGAACAUGCAUUUCAUGAAAUGUGUUGUUAAGCUAUCCACACAUAAGACAUACAUUAUAAACUGUGUAAAUCGACAUUUAGCAGUGAUGUAACUGUAAAACAAGUUGUCGCAGUAUAAGUAGCUAUCUUGAGGGGGAAACAACAGAUUGCAGAUCUCAACAUUAAAAAUAAAAUUGUAGAGAAAGUAGAGACAUAAGUACUUAGGUGUCACUAUUAAUAAUAAUCUAACAUGGCAUGAGCAAGGCCAAAAGCUGUAUAAAAAAUUCAAACAAAGACUUUUCUAUCAUAAAAAAAAAUACAAUCUCUGCAUAAACAAAAUAGUUAUUAACUUAUUCUACAGAUGUGUGGUGUUUAAAUUUGUUUUACUUGGAUAAUGUUACUUUACUAAAUUAUGUAUUUAUUGAUGUGCUGAAUAAUUAUAUGUACAAUGUAAUAAAAAAAAAAAAAAAACAUCUCCAUUUAUUUGGAUGAAUAAAAGAUUCUUAUUUUAUAAGCAUGGCAAAGUCAACUAGUUGGUUUUUGUUUCAGACCCAAAGAUUCAUGUUUCUUUAAAUCAGCUGCACUAAAAUAGUUACACAUUUUAUUUUAAUUUUUUUCAGGGCUUGGGUAUUUGGUAUCUUGCCUCAGGUUAUGGAUAGAGAAACAACUGUACAAGAAAAAUGUUUUGAUCUUUUAGAGGAAAUGAUUCUUCUUGAUAUGAAAGUAGCAACGAGGUGACUAAAAAAAAAUUGUUUUUGAUUUUAUUUUGUAACUGUAAUAACUCAUUUUCGCCAUAAGAAAUAGUUAUGUGAUAAAAUAUCUAAUAUUUUAUUAUUGCUUUUCUAUUUUAUAUCUUUGUCAUAAGUUUUUUUUUUCCCUUUGAGUAUUAUAAUUUCAUAAAAUCAUAUUUUAUAAGAUGUAAUAUAUCUUUCUCAUGAUAAAACAAGCAGAAUUAUUUUUCCUUUAAUGCUUUUAAAUUAAGUUAUAACAUAAGCUAUAAUUUAUCAUUUACAGAAAUUCAAGUUCUGGUAUAGAAUGGGACCUUCUGAGUAUAAUCACUGAUCAAAAUUGUGAAAAAUUGAGGUGA